GGGGGAGAGAGAGAGAGAGAGCAGCAAUCUAGCUGAAGUGGUACACUACGCAUCUCCACGGACUGAACCUAUUUCUGCUGAGCUCACUUCCCUUGUUCUCUAGGGUUCGAAUUUUCUCGAUAAACAGUCGAAAAACAAAAAGGAAAGAACUCCAAAUAUCAGAGACAACAAUCAUUCCCAUUUCCCAAGGACUUAUGAACUCAUCGGAAACUUUGAACCUCAGAUUUGAGUAUACUAACGCCUGAAUUUGGAUCUGUGUAGACAAAUUUCCGAUUAGCUACUUUAGAUUUGAAAAUUUGAUCAGAGAGACAUGGACAGAUCAAGAUCUAAAAGGUACUACUACGACCAAGACUACGAUUCUGAAAUCCUGCCGAGGACGAAACCACGGUACAAUAACCAUGGAAACCAUCACUACUCUCCCAGCCACCGCCGCUCCGCCGGAGGUGGUGGACGGAAAAUCCAAGACCCUUCGCUCAUGGUGACUACCAGUUAUCGAAUCCUGUGCCACGACAUUAAAGCCGGUGGUGUGAUUGGAAAGUCGGGAAGUAUAAUUAAGACAAUUAGACAACACACUGGGGCUUGGAUCAAUGUACACGAAUUGGUUCCAGGUGAUGAAGAGCGAAUCAUCGAGAUUUCCGAUACAAGGAGGAGAGACCCGGAGGGUCGAAUGCCGGCGUUUUCUCCGGCACAGGAGGCGUUGUAUUUGAUUCAUGAGAGGAUACUUGAGAGUGAUGGUGGUGGUGGCUACACCAAUGGCGGCUUUGGUAUUAAUGCCGGCGAUGAUGACGAGGAUUAUGGGCCUCGGGGAGGGGCGAAUCGGGUGGUUACGAGACUGGUGGUGUCAAGAAUGCAUGUGGGGUGUUUGUUGGGGAAAGGAGGGAAGAUUAUUGAGCAAAUGAGGAUUGAAACAAAGACCCAUAUCAGGAUUCUACCUAGAGAUCAUAAUUUGCCUCGGUGUGUUCAGAUGUCGGAGGAAAUUGUUCAGGUUGUAGGUGAUAUGAAUGCUGUGAAGAAUGCUAUAUCAAUUAUUUCCUCACGGCUAAGGGAGAGCCAGCAUCGUGAUCGUAGUCAGUUGCAUGGUCAACGGUUCUUUCCUGCUGAUGAGGAUUUUAUACCUCAUGUGAAUAAUACACCACGCAGAACGCCUAUGGACGGGGCUACUUUUGGCUCACGGUUAUCUUCCAGCUUGACCAGUCCCAGAAGCAAUCACUUUUCUCGUGCAUCUAGUUAUACAAUUGAAUCUGGAGUUCCUGUCACUGACAGUAUGCAGUCACUGUCUGUUGAGGACCUUGUAUUUCGCAUACUUUGCCCAACCGAUAAAGUCGAUUGUGUGGUUGGGGAGUCGGAUGGGAUUAUAGAAUUGCUGAAUAAUGAAAUUGGUGUGGAUGUUAAGCUUGCUGAUCAUGUGGCUGGCUCAAAUGAACAAAUAAUUAUCAUUUCCUCUGAGGAGGGUCCUGAUGAUGAACUGUUUCCGGCUCAAGAAGCUUUGUUGCAUAUUCAAACUCGCAUUGUUGAUCUUGUUCCAGAAAAAGAAAAUAUUAUUACCACUCGUUUACUUGUGUCAUCUGGUGAACUUAGCUGCUUAGAUGGAAGAGAUGGGUUGUUACUUGAGAUGAGAAAAUUAACUGGUGCAAACAUACAGAUCCUGCCCAGGGAAGAACUUCCAAUUUGUGCAGCAGGAACUGAUGAGCUUGUACAGAUUGUAGGGGAGAUCAAAGCAGCUCGAGAGGCUCUCGUUGAAGUGACUUCAAGACUCCGAAGUUUCUUAUAUCGGGAGUUCUUUCAAAAGGAUAUGACCCCACCUCCUAUGUCUUCAUCUAGCCCUGUUGGGAGUGCAUUGGGACUGGAGGCAGUUUCUGGCGCUAACAUAACUCCAUCUCGACAAAUUUACUCCGGGAGUGAUCAUCCCACUGCAAUCCAUCCGAAUAUGCAGGCCAUAGCAACAUCACUUCCAGCAAAGGACUCGGGAGGAUCUGGCAGCGAAGAAGUGAAACAGACUGAAAUUGAGCGCCGUGAACCUGUGCCAAGUGGAAUGAAUCGUAUCCCUGUCCCGCUGGUCACUAGGAGUACCCUUGAAGUUGUCAUACCACAGCAUGCAGUGCCCAAACUCAUAACAAAAUCAAAAAACAAGCUUGCUCAGAUCAGUGAGUUGUCGGGGGCCAAUGUUAAACUGAUUGAUGAUAGACCAGAGAUCACCGAGAAGGUCAUUCAAAUAUCAGGUACCCCGGAACAAGCUGAGAGAGCCCAGAGUUUGCUUCAGGGAUUUAUUUUGAGCACCCUUGAAGAUGGCCCUUAAAAAUGGUGUGUGGAGUUAUGCAUGGGAGCCUCACAAUUUUAAUCUGUUUUCCAAACUCCGGAUAUGUUUGUUAGGAAGGGUAGUCUGCUCCAAGAUUGAGGCGCGGAAAGGUUUGAAUCUCUUUUAAAAAUACAGAAUUAAAAUGUACAUAAAAGAACCGAGUGGCGUUGUAAUUUAAUUCCUGAGAAGCUCUCUCCUGUGUUGUUAUUUGUAUUCUACAAUUGAUGAACUUGUUUUCUGUAAUAGCAUGUGGUUUUUGCUUCCUCCUUCCCCCUUUGCCAAGAAGUCGGUGGUUACUGCAUAGAGAGCAUAGAAACUUAAAUAUUGAAAUCCACAUUCCUUACCAG